CCAACCACUAUUUGUUAUGCAAAUAAACUAAAGACAGUUCAGAUCAGACCUCCUUUGUUUUUUUUUUUUUUCUCUUCAAGAGCUUGGACCUAUCCAGUACGCUUUGGCGGUGCAGGAUAUAGUUGUAUACAUUUCAUCUAUAAAAAUAUCCUUUCAUUUUGAUAUACCAACACCUAAUAAAUCUGAUCUUUAAUAGUAAUUAGUCGAAGUGAAUUAUCAUUGCUAAAUGCUAAUUUAACAAAUAAUUAUUUAGAUUAAAAAUCAUGUCUACACACACCGAAAAAUAAUUUUUUAAAAUUCGUGAAUAUUUAAUCCAACUCUUAUCUCCUUUCAAUUUACACGACACUCUUUUUUUUUUUUUAAUUAUUCAAAAAAAUAAAAAAUCAUUUUCCUUUGUGGGUUUUGGUUUUGCAAGUUGCAAAAAUAUCCCCCUUCCCUUGUUUUUAGGUUCCUUGUCAAUUUCCUUUUAUUUAGUUCGUUUAUUUUAGAUCUUUUUUUUUUAGCGCAAAACAUGCAACAAGAUAAUCGUUAAGAGAUUAUUUUAGAUAACACGAAAGAAGAUACACAUUUAUAUAUUACCCAAAAUGUUGAUUUUCUUCCCUUUUUGUUGUACAAUUCCUUCAAAAAAUUUCUCAUAUUUACCCACACAUAUAACGAAUAUCCAGAAGAGUUUAAAAUCACAACAGCUUUAUAAUAACAAGUCAUUUUCUAUGGAAGCUGAUGUUUCUAUUCUUUCGGCAUUCUGAGACUUUUUUUUGUGUGUGAAUUUUGUUGAGAUUUGAGGGUUUGUGGGGUUUUUUUUUUUUUAGUGAAUUUUCUUGAAAUUUGACAAAAGGGGUUGUUGGGUUCUGAGAAAUAGUAAAUUCUUGAAUGUUUUAAAGUUUUUUUCUUUUUGGGUGUAUUUUGUUGGAAUUUGACAAAAGUGGUUGAAGGUAGUGAGAUUCGGGAGUUUGGGAAUAGUGAAUAUUUAAGUGUUUUAUAGUUUUCUUCUUGUGAAUUUUUAGUUUUUCUUUUUUUGUGAUUUGGUAAGUUGUUAAAAGGGUUGCUGGGUUUUUGAGAUUUGGGAAGUGGGAUGGUGAAUUUGUGGGUGUUUUUGUUGAUCAGCUUUGUGUCUUUGAUGGGUUCUGGAGCUGUUGGAAGUGUAAUUUUGAUGGGAAAGAACACUACUUUGUCUUUUGAUGACAUUGAAGCUAAUUUUGCUCCCUCACCAAAGAGUGCAGACAAAUGUGGGACAUUGUAUGUUGCAGCGCCUGAAGAUGCCUGCUCAACCUUGACUAACAAGAUUGAACUAACUAAUAACUUCACAAAAGAACCAUUUGUGCUGAUAAUCAGGGGCGGAUGUAGCUUUGAGGAUAAAGUGAGAAAAGCACAAGCUGCAGGUUUUAAAGCAGUCAUUAUCUAUGACAAUGCAUAUGGUGAUAUAAUUGCAAUGGCAGGAACCUCUGCUGGUGUGAGGAUACCCGCAGUGUUUGUUUCAAAAACUUCUGGAGAAGCAAUCGCAAAGUAUGCUGGUGACACUGAUAUGGAAGUAUGGAUAAUCCCAAGCUUGGAGAACUCAGCUUGGUCAAUCAUGGCUACAUCGUUCAUUUCAUUACUGGCUAUGUCAGCCGUGCUUGCAAUGUGUUUCUUUGUUCGCCGACACCAUAUACGAAGAGAACGGCCCCGAGCUUCUCGUGUUCGGGAAUUUCAUGGGAUUAGUAGCCGUUUGGUUAAAGCUAUGCCAAGUUUGAUAUUUACAUCAGUUGAGGAGGAUAAUUCUACAUCAGUAACAUGUGCUAUAUGCCUUGAAGAUUACAGUGUUGGAGAUAAGCUUAGAAUCCUUCCAUGCCGGCACAAAUUUCAUGCUGUGUGCGUUGAUGCUUGGCUGACGUCAUGGAGAACCUUUUGCCCUGUCUGCAAACGGGAUGCUAGGACUAGCACUGGUGAUCCACCAGCAUCAGAAUCUACACCAUUGCUUUCUUCCAGUCUGCGAUCUUUAUCAUCAGUGUCAUCUCUAAGGUCAUCAUUAGCAUCAUCAGCAGUGAUACAUAUAGGCACAGGAGCAUCUCGAUCGCCUUCAGUUUCUCGCCCUCAAUCAAUCUCUAGCUCUCAUAACCGGCAUUCACUUUGGUCCUACCACCAGUCACCUCAUCUUUCUAUAAGCCGAAGUUCACUCGACCUUCAAAAUGCAUCUUCCCAAAGAUCUCGUGCGGCUUACUUAAUUUCAUCCAACUCAUUGGGUUAUCCUUGCCUAUCACCUUUUAAUUCAAGAUAUGGAUCUGCAUUCAUCCCUAGUCCUAGCAAUCCCUCAUCGAGCUAUAUUGGAUCAACAAGUCGGCAGCCUAACCCGCUGCAUCACAGUGAAUCAAUUACAAGCUUCUCACCGUUUGCUUCAGCUAACUCUCUUCCUGGAUGUGAGUGAUGAUUUAGUUGAUCAUGGAAAACGUCAGUCCAAUCUGUGAAGUCCCUUACAGGAACCUCAGUGGUCGGGGUUGUUCUGACCUCAAAUUUCAACCGAAGACAACAAAGCUGAUUCGCAUUGGUGGUUGUGGCAUCAGGACAGAGGAAUACAACAGCUCUGGAUCUAUACAUCAUUGCUCAACACUUCCUUAAUACUGGUUUAGUAGUUGGAUAGGCUUGAUAUUUUCGAGGUUUUUACGGUGUGUACGUGCUGAAAGAUGGGUGCCUUUUCUUUCCCUCGAUUUUCUUGUCACAGUGAUGUUUUUAGCCAUGUCCACCUGAUAGAUUGGUUGACGCCAGUAAAUAUGAAUGUCCUUGAGAUAACUUAAACUGGUCUGUCUGUUUUUAGUUUUUGAAAAUAAAGAAUACCCACUGAUUUCCAGA